AUGUCUGCUGCCAUCACCCUGCCAAGUAAUCCCUGUAUAUUUAAGGGGGAGGAAUGGCGGGUAGACGGUGGGUACAGAGGGGGGGUCGCGGAGGGCAAACAGUUAGAUUGGCCUGCGGAGGGGUAUAAAAGCCCCCGGGGAUGUACGUAUAACGCGGCUUCACACGAUCUUCUCCUUCUUGAUCAGCCAAACCUCUCAAACCGUCUCAAGAUGUCACCAAAGAAAGCCAAGAGGAGGGCAGCAGCAGGAGACGGUGGCUCCUCCAAUGUGUUCUCCAUGUUUGAGCAGAGCCAGAUUCAGGAGUACAAAGAGGCUUUCACAAUCAUUGACCAGAACAGAGACGGUAUCAUCAGCAAAGAUGAUCUGAGGGACGUGCUGGCUUCAAUGGGCCAGCUGAACGUGAAGAAUGAGGAGCUUGAGGCCAUGAUCAAGGAGGCCAGCGGCCCCAUCAACUUCACCGUCUUCCUCACCAUGUUCGGAGAGAAGCUGAAGGGUGCUGACCCCGAGGACGUUAUCCUUACCGCCUUCAAGGUCCUGGACCCCGAGGGUACUGGAAGCAUCAAGAAGGAAUUCCUUGAGGAGCUCCUGACCACUCAGUGCGACAGGUUCACCAAGGAAGAGAUUAAGAACAUGUGGUCCGCCUUCCCCCCAGAUGUUGCCGGCAACGUAGACUACAAGAACAUCUGCUACGUCAUCACACACGGAGAGGAGAAGGAGGAGUAA